AACAUGCUGUGAAAUGUUGUAGCAGGUCCGGGGGAGGCGAUACAAUAAAUAAAUUAAUGAACGGAACUGCACUAAAACCGAGCCUGUGGACACAGCAGCAGCGGACACAGAUGGACCCCAGACAAGUCACCGGGGUGUACGGAGAGCUCAGCGGUCUCCCUGCGCCUGUUUCUGCUCAUGUGAGUGAAGAGCAGCUUCCAGAGCUCCGGACCUACACCGUGACUGCUGAGUGGAGUCAGAGCGACCUGGUCCGAGGCUCCAGACUUCGCUACUCGCAGCAGUGGACUCUGAUCACAGACAGCAAAGACCACCAGUGCAUCAGGACUGUCCUCCCACCAGGACCCUGUGUACCUGUGUCUGGAGAGUUACUGAGCGGACUCUCUCCCAUUCGAGCUCUGAGGGCCGUUGUCAGGGAAACAGGUGGCCACCAGCUCCUCGAGAUAUGGGACCGCCACGGCCUCAGGAAAUGCCUCAACUUGACUGCUCUCAACAAACACGGCCGAGUGUACGAUGACGCACAGUUUGGCUGUUUGUCAUGGUCAGAGUGUGAGAACAAACUGCUGUAUGUAGCUGAGAAGAGCAAGAACACAUCCAUAGAAACACAAGAUGGGGAAUCUGCAUGCAGGAAGGACAGGAGUGUGUACUGUGAAGACUGGGGCGAGGCUUUGACCAAUAAGAGCGUCCCGGUGAUUUGUGUUGUGAAUCUGCAGAGCGGCUCUGUCACUGUGCUGCAGGGCGUCCCGCCCGACGUCUCACCUGGACAGGCUCUGUGGACUCCCGGCAGUCAGUCAGUGGUUUUUGUUGGUUGGUACCACGAACCCUUCAGACUCGGACUGAGGUUCUGCUCCAACCGCAGGUCAGCGUUAUUUAAACUCGACCUGGAUGGAAACUGUGAGUGUCUGUCUGGGGACAACCUGUCGGUGUCCUGUCCCAGGCUGAGUCCAGACGGGUCCGUGCUGAUCUACCUGCAGGGUCGAGUGUUUGGUCCUCACAACCAGUGUCUCAGUCUGCAGCAGUUAGACCUGAAGAGCGGGAAGACAUCCACACUGCUGGAUGUUGUUAACAGACCACAGACUGGGGAGUUUGCAGGUGUGUAUGAAUCUCUGCCGCCCUGCUGCUGGUCUGCAGACGGUCAGAGAGUGGUGUUCAGCAGCGCUCGCAGAAACUGGAAGGAUCUCUUUAUGGUUGACCGAAGAUCAAACAAAGUUACCUCCCUCUCUGAUAGUCUGUCUGAUCUUUCAGUUUAUGGCAGCUGGAAGCUGCUGACAGUCCAGAAGGACCUGAUGGUCGUCUGCUGCUCAAGCCCUAACACACCUCCCACUCUGAGGGUGGGUUUCCUCCCCUCAGCAGGUGAGGCUGUAACCUGGCGAACCCUGCAGCAGCCCGUUGUGACCUUUGACUUCCACUGGACAGUUCUAGAUGUAACACCUCCACCAGAGGAGGACAACACACACUACUCUGGUUUAGACUUCGGGGCUGUCCUGGUUAAACCGUCCCCGGCCCUCUAUCAAGCCAAGACAGCUCUGGUCGUCUUUAUCCAUGGUGGCCCCCACUCCCAGUUCGCAGCAGAAUGGAAUUGCACCACAGCUGGACUGGCUAGACUCGGCUUCGCUGUGCUCAUGGUGAACUACCGGGGAUCCACAGGGUUCGGCCAGGACAGCAUUUUGUCCCUGAUCGGUCAGAUCGGAAGCCAGGAUGUUAAAGAUGUGCAGACGGCGGUGCUCACUGCGCUGCAGAUGGACAUCACCCUUGACCCCAAACGACUGGCUGUGAUUGGUGGUUCUCAUGGGGGUUUCCUGUCUUGUCAUCUGGUUGGUCAGUACCCAGAGUUCUACAGAGCAUGUGCGGCCAGGAACCCUGUCAUUAAUGCUGCUACUUUAUUGGGCACCAGUGACAUAGUAGACUGGCGUUACACCAGCGUGGGGCUUCAGUACUCAUAUGACCAGAUACCCACUGCUGAAGCCCUGGCUGCCAUGUUACAGAAGUCACCCAUCACACAUGCUGCUCAGAUCAAGGCUCCAGUCUUACUAAUGCUGGGGGCCAGGGACAGGCGAGUGUCUCCUCACCAGGGUCUCGAGCUCUACAAAUCACUGAAGAGCAGAGCUUCACCUGUCAGACUGUUGUGGUUUCCAGAAGACGGACAUUCUCUGUCCAGAGUGGACACACAGGCCGACUGCUUCCUCAACACAGUGCUGUGGCUGCACCAGCAUCUCUGAACACACACACACACACACACGCACACGCACACACACACACACACACACAUGCUGAGACUGAAGGAGUUCUGCUACUGCUGAACAUCCUCGUAAAAGAAGAUAAAUUAUUUCACUAUCGCAACACACUUCUGCCUUUUUAACAACAAAAAUACUUUCUGUAUGUUACAAUGUCCCCAAUUUUGUAAAAACAUUUUCAAAUCAAAGCACGUAAUAAAACAAAAUCUUACA